GGGGCGGCGGCGUUCGUCCAAUUUGGCGUGUGACAUUUUGGACUGGCUCUCCUUUGCGGAUGAGUUGCAUCCUGAUCGCGUAUUGAGCAACGUCGCACUUGCUCCACCUGAAAAUGCGCAGCACCGGUGGCACUCGGGAAGUCACAUCGUUUCGGUUCCGAAAUCCAACAUCGAAGUGGGACAUCUUCCAAAGGAAGUACAAUCACUGCCGGCGUCACGUGAGGACGCGCGAAAUUGGCGUCAGGUUAGCCGAAAGGAGUGUGGAUGUUUUACCGUUCCAGAGGGGGAAAGCUUGGAAGGAGCCGUGACCGACUUAUGUGUCACAUCGGCGGGCUUGAUGCGCGCGGUGUUCGGUGGCCGUGGUUCUGCGGGACCCAAGCUAACCGUCGGCCGGCCGCUCAUUACGUGAAGUGAGUUUGACCGGAGAGGCUAGCUUAUUCGACGGGGAUGGCUGACGGGGAUUUGCCCACCGCGGGGCUUCCUCCGCGGUCACCCGCCACCGGGAGCCGAGGUUCCUCGGAAGAGAACGGACACCGCUACCGCGACAACAGCCCGGACGAGAUCCUGUCGCCCACCUCGGUGAUUUACUUCAAGGAGGCGUUGAGCUCCGCCAACGUGCGGUUCGGGAAGGCCGGCGCCUCCCCGCUAUGCCCAGAGUAUGACUUCCACACCGAGAGGGUGGAAUCCAAGCGGAAAAAUCCCAAGGACCCCAUCACCAUCGAGCGGCUCAACCUGAUGAACAUGGCCAAGCUGAGCAUCAAGGGUCUGAUCGAGUCGGCGCUCAACCUGGGCCGCACGCUGGACUCGGACUACGCGCCGCUGCAGCAGUUUUUCGUGGUCAUGGAGCACUGCCUCAAGCACGGCUUGAAAACCAAGAAGUCCUUCCUGGGCCAGAACAAGUCGUUCUGGGGGGCCUUGGAGCUGGUGGAGAAGCUGACGCCCGAGGCCGGGGAGAUCACGGCCAGCGUCAAAGACCUGCCUGGCCUCAAGACGCCGUUGGGAAGAGGCCGCGCUUGGUUACGGCUCGCCCUGAUGCAGAAGAAGUUGUCCGACUACAUGAAAACCAUCAUCAACAGGAAGGACCUGCUCAGUGAAUUCUACGAGCCCAACGCCCUGAUGAUGGAGGAGGAGGGAGCCGUCAUCGCCGGACUGCUGGUGGGCCUCAACGUCAUCGAUGCCAACCUGUGCAUGAAAGGAGAGGACCUGGACUCUCAGGUCGGAGUCAUCGAUUUCUCCAUGUACCUCAAAGACGGCGGCCACAGUAGCAAGAGCGCCGAAGGCAGCGACGGUCAGAUCACCGCCAUACUCGAUCAGAAGAAUUACGUGGAGGAGCUCAACAGACAUUUGAGCGCUUCAGUCAACAACCUUCAGGCCAAAGUGGAUGCGCUGGAGAAGUCCAAUAGCAAGCUCACGGAAGAGCUGGCAGUGGCCAACAACCGGAUCAUCACGCUCCAAGAAGACGUGGAGCGGGUGAAAGAGGAGAGCUCGUAUCAGCUGGAGUCCGGCAGGAAGGCACCGAGAAGCGACUCGGCCACGUCCGACGGACCGGCGCUGGGCGAAACGCGCCGGCAGCUCAGGGAGGAGACGCUCCUUCGCCUGGACGUGGAGAAGGAGCUGGAGGUGCAGAUCGGCAUGAAGCAGGAGAUGGAGCUGUCCAUGAAGAUGCUGGAGAAGGACGUGUGCGACAAGCAGGACGCGCUGGCCGAGCUCCGCCGGCAGCUGGACGACCUGCGCGUCAUCAACCAGCAGCUCAGCCACAAGUCGCAGAGCGCCGACGCCAGCUCCAAGCAGAAGAGCGACGCCGUGGCCCGGCUGGAGGACAAAAUCAGCCAGAUGUCGGGCACCGUCAAACAGCUGGAGAGCAGAUGCAAGCGGGCCGAGCGCGAAAAGGAGGCGGCGCUGGAGGCCAACCGCCUCUUCAAGCGCGAGUUCGGGGACAAGAUCGAGGGCCUGGAGGAGGAGCUGCAGCGGCUGCGCCGACGCGGGUCCGCCCCGGAGACGGAGCUCAGGGAGGAGCGAGAGCGCCGCCUGGCCGGCGCGCGGCCCCCGGACCUCCCCCGACCUCCCUCGGCAUCUGCGGCCGUGACCAAGGACCCCCGAGCGGCGGCGGAAGACAAAAGCGGCCUCGACUCCGGCUCGUCCUUCCGCCCGGCCGAUGAUGACGACGACCAACGGGAAGAGCCCUUGGCGGACGUUGGCGAAGCUUCCGUGUGCGGCCUAUGCGAGCGGGAAGACUCCCUCCUCGAGACAAAGAGACGGUGCAAGAACUGCGGCGGCGUGUUCUGCGAGGGCUGCGUGGCCAACGAGCUGCCGUUGCCGUCCUCCAUCUUGCCCGAGGUGGUGUGCGCCGCCUGCUACGCGCUCUUACUUCAGCAAUACGCGUCCACGUCGCCGGCGUGAACCUCAAAACGCCGGCGCUCGACUGCUGCGACUGGAACUGCAUCCUGCACUUUUUGUUUUUUUCAUCUCCUCUUCGUGAACAGCUCCAGCCAAAUUUCGUGAUAUAUUCCUGAGCCGCCAUAUCAAGCUUCAACCAACCGCUGCGUGACCACAAACAUCUCAAAUCCGCAUCUAUUUCAACGUAACGCUAGUUUUGCUCGUCGAAUGCCAGCACAGUCUGAAAUGCCAUUGGCGGGCUAACGGUUUGCCGGGAAUCGGAAACUUUCAACACGACGACUACUGCCGCGACGUCGACCGCACGUGUUCGGUGCCGCCAGGCCUGUUGUCGGCGCGACCGGCUCCGACGCUCAAGGCGUGCGACCGCGCUGCACGCGCCAAUUUGAAAUCUGUUGGAAGAUCGACCAUGUAAAAAAAAUAAAAAGGUGGCAUUUUGUGUCAUGAGGACAUUCACAGAGAGAUGAAACGGCUAACUGGAAGGAGGUGCGCCUUUAUGCCUUUUUGGAGCUGCUUCCAUUGAAGAAGAUACACAAUUUUGAGUUUUCUCCGAAAACGCGCCUCUCUAACCCAGAAAAAAAAAAAAGUUUGGACUCAAUUCAAAGCGUUCAGCGCUGAAUUGCAGGAAUGAACAGAUUUGAUCAGAAAAAAUAUGGAGCUAUUUUUAGGUAUGUCUUGGUUGUUUUGUUCAAAAGAAACAUCCACCAAAGGCAUCGUUCUUAGCCAGGGAGAAAUAUGGAAUGGGUUGCAAUCCA